AUGGAGGCUUUCCCCUGGGCGCCACGCUCGCCCAGCCGCGGCCGCGCUCCCCCGCCCAUGGCGCUCGUGCCCAGCGCCCGCUACGUGAGCGCCCAGGGCCCGGCGCACCCUCAGCCCUUCAGCUCGUGGAACGACUACCUGGGGCUCGCCACGCUCAUCACCAAGGCGGUGGACGGGGAGCCGCGCUUUGGCUGCGCCCGCGGCGGCGGUGGCAGCGGCACCUCCCCGCCCUCCUCUUCCUCGUCGUCCUGCUGCUCCCCCCACGCGGGGACCGGGCCCGGGGCGCUGGGGCCGGCGCUGGGGCCGGCCGACUACGACGACGACGACGACAGCGACGAGCCAGGGUCCCGGGGCCGCUACCUGGGCGGCGCGCUGGAGCUGCGCGCGCUGGAGCUGUGCGCGGGCCCCGCCGAGGCCGGGCUGCUGGAGGAGCGCUUCGCCGAGCUGAGCCCGUUCGCCGGUCGCGCCGCCGCCGUGCUGCUGGGCUGCGCGCCCGCCGCUGCACCCACUACCGCCGCCGAGGUGGCGCCGCGCGAGGAGCGGGCCCCGGCGUGGGCGGCCGAGCCCCGGCUGCACGCCGCCUCCGGGGCGGCCGCCCCCCGACUGCUCAAGCCCGAGCUGCAGGUGUGCGUGUUCUGCCGGAACAACAAGGAGGCGGUGGCGCUCUACACCACCCACAUCCUGAAGGGACCCGACGGGCGAGUGCUGUGCCCGGUGCUGCGCCGCUACACGUGUCCCCUGUGCGGAGCCAGCGGCGACAACGCGCACACGAUCAAGUACUGCCCGCUCUCCAAAGUGCCGCCGCCGCCGCCCGCCGCCCGCCCGCCGCUGCGCAGCGCCAGGGACUGCCAGGCCGGGAAGAAGCUGCGCUGA